AAAAAAAGUGCAUAUAUAUAUAUAUAAUAAUGUAAGAUUUUGAUUAUUUAAUCAUUUAAAAAUAAAUAAUUAAAAAAAAACACUUUCAACCUAUUUCAUAUAUUUCAAUUCAAAAUACAAUGUCAUCAAACUUAUCCAAUACACCAACUAAUCAAGCAUGUUCUAUACAUGUGAAAAAUAUGGAAUAUGCUGUAGGAUUUCUACGUGGUUACAUUAGUCCAAUUAUUGUGAUUUUUGGUGUGUUCGGUAAUAUGGCAGCAUUUUAUUUAUUUCUAACACAUAAACCAUGGAAUCGUUUUUCUAUUUAUGUCAUGACAUUAGCUAUAUCAGAUAGUCUUGUACUGAUAUCAAAUACAUUUUUAGAUGAUUUCUUAGGACGUGGAUUAUAUUAUUUAACCAAUGAAAGUAUAAUGAUCAAAUUGGAUACACUAUCAUUGUUUUCAUGUCAACUAAUGGAAUUAAUUGGGACAUGGUUUGUAUUUAAUUCCGGUUGUUUGUUGGUUGCAUUCAGUAUUGAUCGGGUGAAUUGUUUAAUAUGGCCAUUGAAAUGUCGAUCUAAUGGUGGAGUUGGUAUGGCUAUGCUUGUAUGCAGUUUAAUUAUUGUGAUUGGCUUUAUUUUAAGCAUUCCUUUUGCUAUGCUACAAACAUUAGUUGAUAAAAAUGUUAUCGAAUCGAAUAGAAGAACACUAAUUGACAUUGUUAACAAUAUUACUACUAAUAUGGAUAAUAGUAGUAUGAUAAGUAACAAUUCGAUACAUUAUCAUAUAAGUAAUCAAUUAUCUGAAUGUUUAGAUUGUAUAAAAAAUCAUAAUGAUACAGAAAUAAUCAAAAGUUCUUCACCUUCACUAACAUGUGCACUAAGUACAAACGGGAAUCAAAUCAAUAGUAAAGAAUUAUUAUCAUUUUUAUUUAGUACAGUUUUAACUUAUAUGAUACCAUGUAUAUUAUUAGUAUUUAUCAAUAUAAUCAUACUUGUGAAAUUGAUUAGUAUUAAAACGAAACGACGUAUCUUAUGCCGAACAAGUAAUACAAAUAUACAAUUAAUGAGUUGGACUGGUACAAAUCCUCCGGAAUGUUCUUCAACUUAUCCAAACGCCUCAUCACCUCCACCUACAACAACAACAACAACAGCGUCAAGUAUAACAGCUGAAUCCAAUGAACUAUUCACAUCAACAAUGACAUCAGUAUUAAAACGUCGACGACAUACUAUUAUAGAAGAUCGUAAAGAAGUUGGUCGUAUUAUAGCAUUACUGUUAUUAUCAUUUUUCUACUUAUGUUUCACAUUCCCAGUCAGUAUAAGUUUAACAAUACGCGCCAAUUUAAAUGAUCAAUAUUCAAAGUGUAUCCAUUUGCUGUAUGCACAUUUAUCACGUUUGUUAACAUCAAUUAAAGAUAUAAAUUAUGCUUUAAAUGGUUAUACUUAUGCAAUAUUUUUUCAAUUUUAUCGUACAAAAUUAUGGAAUAUUAUAACAUGUCAAUGUUCAACAAAUACUAAUAAUCGUCGACGUGCAUAUCGACGCGGCCAUUGUCAAAAUCAAAAAUCCCUCACUGUGGAUAAUGAUAAUAAUACAAACAAAAAAUAUCGUGAACAAUGUAGUACAUCAGUGAUAUUGAAAAAUUAUUUCACCAAUAAAUAAAGAUCAUUUGAAUCCUAUUUUUAAUGAACAGCACAUCUAUACCUGUGAGUGUAUGUAGGCAGAGAAAACAUAGCUCUUCUCUUUCACAUUCCUAAAUGACGGAUUUAAAUAUUUUGAUUAUUGAACUUUGAAAGUGAACAUUUAAAACAAAAUAUAAAAAGGCAUAUUCUCCGUUUUUUUUGGGCAUAAUCACAUCACUCAACAAUGUACACUCCUACUUAUUUCACUGGAUUUCAUGUUGAUCGCGUAUAUUUAUUUGUUUGUGUGUUCAUGAUUCAAAUAUCUACACGUAUUGAACAUUGAUUGAAUAUAUUUAUCCUUCAUGAUUGUGUAUAAAAUGUUGUCUUUCUUUCUUGUCAUUAUUGAUACAUGAUGUCGAUACUGUUUUAAAUAUGCAGACCGACAUGAUUAUUAUUAUUAUCUGAGUCAUUAUAAUUGAAUCUUGAAUUUUAUUGAUCGAUUUAUUUUGUAGGCGCGAUUGUU